GACACUGAACAUCACCAGCCAUCUACAACAACCUUGUGUUGACAUGGCAACAGGAAGGAAAAGCUCCACAUCCAAAGGUGCAGGUGUCCAUUUCCCAGAUGACAUGGAGGACGAUGUCCUCAGUGAGAGUGGUGAGGACACACAGCACGACAAGACCAUUACCGCUGUCGCUGAGCCCGAUGGAGCUUACCUGGUCAAGGCAGGAUUUCUGAAAAUCCAACAUAAAUAUGAGAUUGUCUUCUCAAUCCCAAAAGUCCCCACUCUGGGAAGAGACACCAUGCUCUCCCCGGCAUUACGGACCACGCCCAAACCACGCCUACGUGCCACCCGCAUUGUACCACACCCUGAAGGAGGAGUGAAGGUGGUGUGUGAGUACAGCGCUCAGCAGGAAGGAGUGGUGCAGGAUGAGCUCACACUCAUCAACAGGAGCAGGAGAGACAGCAGUAUUAAAGUCCGAGUUCAUGCCAGAGUGAUGGACCGCCAUCACGGAACACCCAUGCUGCUGAAGGGGGUACGCUGCUUGGGAACUGAGGAGAUCUCUUCAAAAACCAACAACAAAAAGAAGAUCUGA